GGGACGAUCCAGCUUGGAUUUUCUGGAUGGAUGGCGUAGGCAUCGGCGGCACGGCGGAAACUCGCAUGAGCACUCACCUUCCAGCUGUUUGGUGCACAAGUUGAACCACUGCAGUUGCACUACUGCGAAAGCUCGAAAUACAUCGUGCUAUUGCGUGUCCAUUCAUCCGUCACCUCUCUAAAGACAAUUUUCAACAUGGGGAGGACGGUAGCUUACGAUGAUCAUGUUCAGAAACUCAUAAGCGAACUCGUCCAAGUGAAGAACUCGUUGACAGUUGGUGUAAUCAUCGGACAGAGCACGCAACAGCGAGACAUUGUAGUACACAUUGCCAAUACGCCCAAGAAGGAUGAUGAAGAGUUACAGGAGGAAGGCGACGUAAAACAGUCGCAUAAGUCCCUCGGCGCCCAAGCAGACAUUGAGGAGGCCUGGAUCUGCCAACAUGCCAAGCAGGUAACACGCAUGCUUCCUGGAGGCAUGGAUGUUCUAGGUCUGUUUGCUGUGGGCACUCCAGAAGAGUUAGCAGCUGCUCAGCCCAAGCUUAGGCAGGUGCUGUUUGCUGUAUUUAAAGUCAUUGCUAAGGACCAGAAAAUGUCACUUAACUCGGAGAUGUCGGAUCGGAUCCAGCUUCAGAUCUGCACUUUGACAAGGAAGAUAACAUGCAAAACAUUUGAUGUAACUGACCACAAGUGCUCUGCACGGCCUGCUGAUUGGAAGCCUGCAGUGGGGCCGAGUGCAUGGCAUCGACUGGAGACAUCACUGAGCCUGGACCUGUGGGUUGCCCUUAGCGAAGAACGCUGCCGUCAGGGGCUUUUGCGACAGAUCCAAGUGGGUUUGGAGCCUUUCAUGCGAGGCCUGCAUGAUGCCCGGGCCCUACUCAACGGGGAAGCCCGGCCUCCCGAUGAACCCUUGGCCGCUGCCACAGACAGGCGCCGCUCCCCACGUGCUGCCAAGGAUGCCCCCCAGAGCCUGUAUCUUGUUGAUCUGCUGUUGCCUCUGGAUUGUGGCAAUGGUGGGUGUUCUCCUGGUGGCCAAGUGCAUGGACCAACAUCUUGUGGAGCCAGUAUGUCCAUUGCAGGGACCAUACAGUGUCGAGGAUUUGUUCAUGCCAAAGCCACUGUUCAGGAAGCUGUCAAGGCCAUCAAGCAAGAUGUCUAUCGGAGUAUCACAUCAAGAUGCGAGAUACAGUGUGAAGACAUGCUACUUAUUGAAGAUGAACAGCAUGACCCUUCACUGGUUCAUGAGCUCCCAAAGAGAGUGUUUGCACCUUUGGGUGACCGUGGCUUGACCCUGUGCGACUACAUCUUCCAUGGGGAUGCAGCUUGUGACUCCCUGGAGGCCCUUCAAGAACUGCUUGGUCUUGAUGUUUCUGCAGGAGACAUCGAGCUUGACACAGAGCACUCACCAGAAAGCAACCAGCAAGUUAUUGAUGGCGUUGAGACAGCGGAAAUUAUUACAGAGGCCACAGAACAGCUUUCAAGAGGACGCAACAUGCUCAUUCCAAUUGCAAGUGCCGCCAUUGCUGCUCUUGGUGCUGGCAUUUCUUACUUGCUGCUCCAGGACUGAGACGCAGUUCAUGAUGGCUGAGUGCCCAUUUGUGUUCCAUCAUCCUUACAAGUGGCUGAUGUACAGAAUAAAAUACUCUCAAUAUGUUA